AUGCCGCUGUCUGAUGAGACCAAGGACCUUAUUAAGGCUGGUCUCGUCACCAAGCCUUGCAUCAAAUGUGGGGACGGAAGCCAUCCUCUCAUCAAUUGCCCCGGAGGAACACGCGCUCUGAGUGGUUCAGUAUGGAAAAGCCUGAAGGGUACCGAAGUGAAAGAGGCGGAGAAUGAAUACUCUAAGAUAAGGAGAGCGUACGUGACGAAUCUGAAGGCUAAAAAGAAAGCAGCCAAGAACGCCGAUUCAACCCAAGCAACGACUGUGCCACCCGCCACCGAACCGAUCAUCGCUCCGGAAGGCUUUCUCUCUGCCGCCACCGUCAAUGCUGGCAUCCCUGUUCUGCACGAAGCUACCGAGACCGCCCAGCUACGUAGCAUCCAAGAUCAAGCUCUCGCUGAGCAAGUAGAGACAAAACUUGGGGCCCCUACACCUGCGCCUGGUACUUCACAAGUACUUACCGGCCAUCUACAUCAACCCGAGGCCACGUUCUCCCAAAUUGUCGACACCAAGUUUCCAUUGAGGAAGACGCUCUCAAAACCCUCGUCACAGGUGUUAACGAACCAUUUCGAGGUAUCUUGGAACGACGAUACUACGUUUUACGUGUACGAGAUCAUGAAUAUUCCCAUUUGCAAUAAGCGCAAGGCCAAAUCCAUUGUCGAGACAGCUAUCCAAGCCUGGGACUUCCUCAACACCAACGAAGACUACUUUGCCACAGAUUAUCUCAAGACGAUCGUUGCAUGGAAGAAUCUUCAUGAAAACAUACAGUGUCCUCGGACGACCGCGAGAGAGGGCGAAGUUGUAUGGGCACCUAUUCCAAUUGCAGAUGGCGACCGAAGGAUUGAACUUAGCCUCAAGUUCGAAGGCUCCAUGAAUCUCAACCGUCUGAAAGACUUUGUCAACCCGAAAUCCAAGCCUGACGAUGCGACACUUCCCAACUUCAAUUCCAGCCCGCUAGUCACACACCUGAACACCGUCAUUUCCAAGAGUCUAACCGAUGACGUCUUUCAGACAUCUUCGCACAAAUUCUUCCUGAAAACUGGAUACUCACCCCUGGGAACCUCUAACUCACUGUGUAUCAUGCGGGGCUACGAUUACACAGUCAGGCCAGCCAUGGAGAAGGUUCUCCUAAAUGUGAACAUAGCAACGAGUGCUUUCUUUCGUCCCAUUACGGUCGCAGAGUUUCUUGAGGACCGCACUUUCGCCGAGAACGAACGCGAGAAACGUAUCAAACGCCUAAGAGUCUACAUUGUCCCGGAUAGGCAGUCCGUGAAGGACCCAGACGACCAAAAGCGCGUUGACAACCUGAACAUGCCCCAGAACCGCAUCAAAACCAUCAAAGCAUUCGGGAAGCCCAUUGGUAACAGGAUGGAACCAAGGCUGUCGUUUCCGAAGUGGAUCAAAGUUGGAAAUCAACUACAACAAAACGGAGAAGUACACGUUGUAGAUCACAUGAAGGCUGUAUUCGGCCAGGCGCACAAGUUCGACGAGAAGCUCAAGGCCGUAAACGUUGGCACAGACGAUGAUCCGAUUUGGUACCCGCAGGAAUUCCUUCGUAUUCUGCCGUACCAGCUGUACAACAAUCUUCUUCCUGAUAAACUCGUCGAUUCAAUGCUCGAAAGUGCUUGCAAGACACCCCCGGAGGUUAGGGCAAGAAUUGAAGCCGAAGGCCUGAAGGGCCUAGGUGUGAUCCAAUCGAACGGAGUCCAGAAAUUCGAGAAAUGCAACGCACUAAGCAUCAGGCCAAACAUGCUCCUAGUCCCAUCUACAAGGAUGGAACAGGUCUUCGUUGCUUACGCUGCAGGCAAUCCCAUCGCCCCAAAAAUGGACGACAAGGCGCAGUGGAACUUAGCCGGGAAAACCAUAUUUUUGGAAACACCCACAGCUAACCAGAAUCUGAGCUACUAUAUGCUCAUUGACCCUGAACUGAGAGAUGUAUCAGCAACCGUCAAAACCUACAAGACUGCAAUUGCGGAGAAAGUAUCUCAACACGGCAUUGCAAAGGGUGCAACAUGUGUCGCUGAAACGAUCCUCCCGAAGAACCUCAAAGAUGGAUCUGCACCGGACGAUCGAUAUAACUCGAACCCUGACAUUGAGAUGGCGAUCAAUACAUGCAAGAAUAUGGCAAAUGGACAACUAGUUGUGCUCCUACUCGGAAAGCGAAACAUCCCUGUAUAUUCCGCGUUUAAAGAUGUCGCAGAUCGCAUCUCUGGUCUCCAAUCAGUCUGUGUUACAGAGGAGAAAAACCGAGGCAAGCCAGCGACUGACAAGGGUCUCGGACAGUACUUCUCAAACGUCAUGAUGAAGGUCAAUCUCAAACAAAAAGGCCGAAACCACACGGUAUGCGACAACAACAAGGGAGGUGGUAGAUUGAGAGAGGUCUUGAGGAGUGAUCCACCGAAAAGGGGCAUUAUGAUACUUGGAUCAGACGUCACCCAUCCAACUGGAAGCUCCCUCGUUGGAUGUCCAUCUAUUGCUGCCUUGGUCGGCUCAACUGAUUACGAUGGUGGCAAGUUCCUCGGCUCUAUGCGUCUCCAAAAUAGGAGCAAGAAAGAGAUGAUUGACGAGAUCAAACCAAUGGCAAAAGAGAGGUUCCAGGCCUGGAAAGACAAGUUCAACCCGGCUCCACACAUCUUAUACUACAGGGAUGGUGUUUCCACCGGACAAUACGAACAGGUCGUCAAAGAGGAACUGAUCCAGAUCAAAGAGGCAUGGAAGGAAGUGUGGCCAAAAGAGGUGGGUGAUGUGAAGAUGACUGCUGUUGUUGCUGUCAAGCGCCACCAUAUACGCCUCUUCCCCAUCCAAGGUGAUGGUCACAAGAACGGGAACUGCAAAGCAGGCACACUUGUCGACAGCGGCAUCACAUCGCCCUUCUUCUCCGAGUUCUUCUUGCAGUCCCAUCACGCUCUCCAGGGAACCGCGAGACCGACCCGCUACUUUGUCCUUGAGAACGGAAUCAGGCUUUCAGACACAGAUAUCCAGCGCCUCACGCACAAGUUGUGCUUUACCUACGUCCGCGCCACUAUGGGGGUUUCUUACGCUCCACCCGCAUACUAUGCCGAUCGCCUUUGCGAGCGCGGUCGUCAGUACCUACGAGACUGGUUCACGCCCAACUACGAGAGCGCCCACUACAAAGAUUACCAGUCCGAGAAAGAUACGAUUGAUCAAAAGCAUAAGAGCGCUUUGAAGUCCGCCAUCCUUCAGCUUCCGAAGCAGCCAACUUUAGAGAGUCGUCGUAAAGCUCGGAAAUCUGAGGCACAGGCCAAGCUCGAGCGUGAGUCUCGCAACAGGGCUGAAGAUGAGAUCUCUGCGCAGGUUUUGAUGAAGGCCAAGGCGUACUUCAAUGAGAGGCGAGCUGGAGGUUGCGGCCCUUGGCAUAAGAACCUCGAUGGAACUAUGUUCUGGAUGUGA